CACCUAUCUGACCUCUCCCGACAUUUGUGCUAUCUCUCUCUCUCUCACUUCUCUAUAUGUAUUUCAUUUUUCAACAUCAAAUACAUGCACCAUCAAAGAUAGUGCCCCAACCCCACAACCUCUCAGAUUUUGAUGAUCACUACCUCUUUAUGAUCUGAACUCUUACCAAACUCCAUUCAAGUUGGCCACCCUUUUCACUUUUAUUCCAUUUCACACCUCAAGCUCCCACGCUGCAUUAACAUCUCUCUCUUUUCAGUACACACACUAUCUUUUUUUUGUCUUUCAUAAAGUUUAUUACCACUUAGCCAGAAAACCGAGUUUGUGAUACAAUGAACAGUUUUGACCCCCAAAGACAAGACUUGUUCAAACAAAGAUGGCAAGACAGGAGACAGAUCAUGGGUGGUGCACCUUCAACUUCCUCUUCCUUGUCUUUCUAUGUUGGUAACAACAACAAGUAUAGGACCAAAUUCGAAGGCUUCCCUGGGCUUGAAGACGAUGAUCUUGUCUCCAACGUGGUUCCUGCAGUGACGGUUGUGCUAGAGGGGCGUUCCAUCUGCCAACGCAUCAGCCUCCAUAACCAUGGUAGCUACCAAAGCCUCGCCAAGGCCCUACGUCAGAUGUUUGCCGAAGAUGCUGGUGACAGUGACGAUCUUAACCUCUCCAAUGCCAUUCCUGGUCACGUUAUUGCCUAUGAAGACAUGGAGAACGAUCUUCUUCUAGCUGGUGACCUUACCUGGAAGGACUUUGUACGAGUGGCAAAGAGAAUUCGGAUACUUCCGGCUAAAGGAAACUCAAGAAAAGGUUCAACAAGAGGGGCAUAAGUGAUGAUGAGCAGCAGAAUAUAUAUGGCAUGGCAUGUAGAAAAGGUAGAAACUAAUCGAAUAAAUUGGACGGUGGCGGUGGGUAGAAAAUGCGUUUGAGAUGUUGCCAUAACGUUUGCGAGAAAUGUUGAUUACGAGUUAAUAUUCCAACAUGUAAUGCCUUUGUGUGCUUGUAUGAAUAAAAGCCCCAGUUAGCAAUUCGUACUCUUUAUUCUUACUACUGAGGAAAAAUAAUUUGCUUGUU